AUGUUGAAGAAAAUGGGUUUAGAAGAAGAAGCAAUAGUUCAACUGAUAAACUCUGAUUUCAGAGACCUAAGUAUUGCUGCUAAUCAAUUAGCUCAUCACGCCAUCAAACUUGGUGGCGUAGGCUUUGCAGCCUCUUUUUUCGGAGUGAUUGCUGCCAUUGCUGCUAUUUAUCUGUUGAUUUUGGAUCGUACGAACUGGAAGACAAAUAUUCUCACAGGACUACUCAUUCCAUACAUUUUUUUCAGCUUGCCUUCAUUUAUUUUCAGCGUCUUCAGAGGAGAGAUUGGAAAAUGGAUUGCUGUUAUUGCUGUUGUAUUACGCCUUUUCAUACCAAGACACUUCCCUGAUUGGCUGGAGUUGCCUGGUGCUUUGAUUCUUCUUAUCGUUGUGGCGCCUUCUCUAUUUGCAAACACUUUUAGAAACGAUAUUGUUGGAGUAAUAGUGUGUCUCAUCAUUGCAUGCUAUCUGAUGCAAGAACAUAUUCGGGCUUCUGGUGGUUUCAGAAACUCCUUCACUAAAGCCCACGGCAUAUCAAAUUCCAUUGGCAUAAUACUUCUGCUGGUCUAUCCCAUCUGGGCGUUGGUGGUCAUACUUUUUUAG